AGCGGGACGGAGCGGGGUCAGCCGGGCCCGGCCGGGCAGCACCGGCGGCGGCGGCAGCAGCGCGGAGCUCUUUCCCCAGAGCUUUGCAGCCUUUGUCCCUGCCAUGGCACCGAGAAAGCCUGGGAAGAGCACGGGGGGCUCAGAGGACCCCUCGGUUACACUCUUCCGGGAGUACCUGAGGAUUAACACUGUGCACCCCAAACCCGACUAUGAUGCUGCUAUCCAGUUUCUGGAGCACAUCGGCACUGACUUGGGCUUGACCUGCCAGAAAGUGGAGGUGUGCCAGGGCCGUGUGGUGCUGGUCCUGACCUGGCAGGGCACGAACCCCAACCUGCGCUCCAUCCUCCUCAACUCACACACCGACGUUGUGCCUGUCUUUGAGGAGCACUGGACCUACCCACCCUUUGAGGCUGUUAAGGAUUCUCAAGGCAACAUCUAUGCCCGCGGUGCCCAGGACAUGAAGUGUGUCUCCAUACAGUACCUUGAGGCCAUCCGGAGGUUGAAGGCAGAGGGAAAGUGUUUUGCCCGCACCAUCCACCUCACCUUUGUGCCUGAUGAGGAGGUGGGUGGACACAAGGGCAUGGAGAUGUUCGUGCAGCGCCCAGAGUUCAAGGCACUCAACGUGGGCUUCGCCCUGGAUGAGGGCCUGGCCAGCCCCUCUGACACCUUCAGUGUCUUCUAUGGUGAGAAGAGCCCAUGGUGGAUAAAGGUGAAGUGCAUGGGCAGCCCUGGGCAUGGAUCCCGCUUCAUCAGCAGCACAGCAGCUGAGAAGUUGCACAAAGUCAUCAGCUCCUUCCUGGCCUUCAGGGAGAGUGAGAAGCAGAGGCUCAAGUCUGACUCAAGCCUGACCCUAGGGGACGUCACCUCACUCAACCUGACCAUGCUGGAGGGGGGUGUCUCCUUCAAUGUGGUGCCCUCUGAGAUGGCGGCUGGCUUUGACAUCCGCAUCCCACCCACCAUGGACCUGAAGGCCUUUGAGGAGAAGAUAGCUGCGUGGUGCCGGGAUGCUGGGGAUGGUGUCACCUAUGAGUUUCUCCAGAAAUGCAUGGACCAACACAUCACCUCCACUGAGGAAUCAAACCCGUGGUGGAAAGCCUUCAGCGGGGUCUGCAGGGACCUGAAGCUGCAGCUCAAGCUCGAGAUCUUCCCAGCUGCCACCGACAGCCGCUACAUCCGAGCAGCAGGACACCCCGCUAUCGGCUUCUCGCCCAUGAAUCGCACCCCAGUGCUGCUCCAUGACCACAACGAGUUCCUCAACGAGCAGGUCUUCCUGCGGGGCAUUGAGAUCUAUGCCUGCCUCCUGCCUGCCCUGGCAUCGGUGCCCCCGCUGCCCUCUGAGGGCUGAGCACCCUGGCAAGUGGUGGCAUGGGGGGUGCCAGCAGUGGGACACAAGGCUUUAAGAGGGGGCAGGACAUGGGCACAGCAGAUGCCUGCCAGCAUGGCAUCAUGCCGCAUGGCUGUGCUCAGUGCUGGCCCAGUGCUGAUGCCUGUGCUGAGCAUCCUGGCUGUGUCCUCGAAAUCCAGGUCCCAGCCACCCUCCU